CUUCUCGAAACGAUAGGUAAAAUUAGGGAAGUGGUCUCAUCUGACUGCUCUGCUAAAGGGAGCAGUUGCAAAAAAGCACAAAAGCGCCAUCACCAACUUUUGCUGAUUGGUGCUGGAUGUUCCGGUCUGCCAUUGGAGGCCUUAGACGAUUUCAGAUUUCGGCUGUGUUGACUAGACCCAUGGCAGCUCCAUACCACAUUCAGGCUUCAGCCAGAUCCGCGCCGACACAUAUUAGUUCUGCGGCAUCACCUGUCCAUCUCCGGCUUUCCAAUCCUUCAUCUGGUGGACGCGUGUGGCCCUCUGCUGCUUCCUUUGGUGGCCGUUUCAGCCUUGUCACAGGCCAGUCCGUUGUAGCCAAGGUAGCGCGUUUGCAGCCAUCCAUCCGCUGUUCCAGCACUGGAGGAUCAGGCGGAGGCGGUAGCUCAGCAGGAGGAGGUGGAGGUGGGGGCGGUGGCGGAGGUGACUCGGGGUCCGGUGGCGGUCUCUGGGCCACUUACCUGCGCCUGCUGGAGACCCAGCCGGUGUUCACCAAGGCCUGGAGCGCUGCUCUGCUGAACGCCCUGGGGGACGUCCUUGCCCAGCUUGUUGUGGACAAGAACGAGAAGCUGGACUGGAAGCGCCUGGGCAUUUUCACCAUCCUGGGCUUCACCAUCAUUGGCCCGCCGCUCCACUACUGGUACCUGACCCUGAGCAAGGUGGCAGUGACCGGCUUGGCAGGGACAUUUGUCAGGAUGGCCCUGGAUCAGCUUGUGUGGGCACCCAUCUUCCUGUCCACCAUUGUUGCAGCACAGUUCACAAUGGAGGGCAAGGCUGAUCAGGUGAUUCCCAAGCUGAAGCAGGACAUGAGGGCGAUUCUGAUCACAAACUGGAAAGUCUGGCUCCCAUUCCAAUUCUUCAACUUCAACUUCGUGCCUCAGCAGCUUCAGGUGCUGGCAUCCAAUGUCAUGGCGCUGGCCUGGAACAUCUACAUGUCAUCCAUGAGCCACAAGGCGGUGGCACCAGUCUGAGCAUGGUAUGAAAAAGACACAGAUGCAGCCGAGAGAUGCUGGAUCCUUGGAGUCAUUUGUACCAACCCUGAAGGCUUCCCAGUCUGUGCGGAGCUGGAACACGAAAUGUGGUGCCUGUGUUAUUCUUGCAGCAUGCCAAUGGAAAUGCCGGCUGGGCGAGUGGCUGGCUUAUUUUUGCCAACACUGACCCUGGCAGAUUCUGACUGCGCAUCAGGCUCAGCAAGCCUGAGGCUUGUGCACCAAAAUGGUUGGUGCGCACGCCAGGUGCCACCAGUGCAGUGCAUUGAGUAGACACCCAAAGGUAUUGCGCCUUUGAUUUGCGGUCAACGGUCAGCUAUGUCUGAGAAGAUGGCCUGCUGCGAACUUGCAUAGUGCGGCCAUGCCGCUUGUCUGCGGGAGUAUUCAUGCAGAUGUUUGUUGAUCAAUUAAUCAUCAAUAUUGAUAUAUAUGAUAUUCAUGAACUUUGUAUGAUGAAAAUUGUAAUGCAAGGAUUUUAGAC